AUGAGUUCAAGCAAUAAUAAAAUCGGAGCCGGUAGCAAGGCCAACCAAUCUAAUCCUUCAUCUAUGACAUCAAGUAAUCCUUCCCUCCUCCUUGGCAAAUUCAAUGAGCGCCGCUCAACACCGGAUUCGGAGGCUUUGGCAAGCUCCGAUGAUGAACCUGAUAGACAGGACAUUCAACAGCCAGUCAAUCCACCUCAAAAGCCACCUGCACGACGUGCCUCGUGGUUAAACGAUACACCUCAAGCUGGAACUCAGCCACGAAAGGGCUCGUUCGCAAGUAGCAGCAUGUCUCCAACAGCCUCACAUCCUAGUACACCCUCGACUGAGUCCAACGUCUGGGGUUCUCAUGCUCAAGCGGCAGCAGGUCGAGGACAUACAAAGCCACCCUCUAGAUUGACUGAAGUAUUACCAUCUCCAACUUCUAUGCAUCCACCAGGCUCAGCUGGCAAUGGAUACUUUCCUAAUGAAAUGAUGAGUCAACGAGACCCCUCAGCGAAUCAACCAAUCCCAUUCGCAAUCCCUCUCCAUCCCACUCCUAAGACAUACCGAUCCCAAUCGUACUCCGUCGGUCAGCUCGACCCAGAUACAAGUGCUGGCCCACCGCCAGCAGCUGUUCCGGCGGCUUCCAGUCGGGGACAUAGAAUUGGACAUUCCGGAUUGCAACAUCGUCCAUCCCGGCCAAGUAUGUUGAGCGAAAUGACCGAGGGUGGUCUUGGAAAAGUCAAAGAAGUCGAGGAUGAUGAUGAUGAGAGUAUUAACAGUUCUUCCCAUGGUGUUCAAAUUCAAUCUCAAGAAGCCAAGACUAUAGAAUUAUUAGCUAAAGAAAAUGCAAUGUUACGACAACAGCAACAAUAUCAGAAUCUGCGCCUCCGACCACGAUCUUCAACCUCCAAUCCUUUUGGCCUUGGUAAUGGUUAUGGCUUGCAGGAAGAACCUCUACCUGAAGAGUCAGAUUAUGCAAUUGACGAACUUGAUGAGCUCAACGAUUUACAAGACCCAUCCAAAGCGAUGUUAGGGCGAAGAAUGAGCGAGUAUGGUAUUGCUGGCGCUCAGAGAGCCUCACCAUACACUCUCGAAAACAGAAAGCUGGAGAAUGUGAAGAAAGCUUAUUGGCAAAGCUCACUUGGCUUCGGCGGACUGUCCGAUAUUCCGCAAAGCAGGCGCCACUCUUUCGCUGAUAUACCUGCUCGACAAGGUUCUGUUAGUUCGACGGUUGGUGAGUCGAUGUCACAACUCGAUGCAUCUAUCCACGAGAGCCUGUCGUCAAAUGCGGGUCGGUAUAAUGAAAACAAUGGCUACUCCACUACUGACCAUGCAGCUUCAUACUUCGGAAAUCUUGCUCAGCCAGCUCCUUCUCCAUUCAAUCCUUCUGUAUACCCUUACGGAAAUGUCAAUCAAUACUCUACUGGCCGCCCUGCAUCACCUCAUCGAAGCAUGUAUGGCGUUCCACAGCCUCGACACAAUCAACUGCUAUAUAUUGUGUUGUUCAAAUGUUCGCGCGCAGAUGUGUUCUAUGUUCAAGAGGGCACUGGUCUCUCUGUCAAGCCUGGAGAUCUUGUGAUUGUUGAGGCUGAUCGAGGAACCGAUCUAGGCACCGUUGCCAAAGAUAACGUGGACUGGGCUACUGCCAAGGAACUCAAAGAGCAUUAUGCCGAAGAGCACUACAAGUGGCUCAUGAUGUACUCCCAGGGUGCUGUAGGUAAUACUGAUGGAACUGGUGCUGGUUUAAUGGCUGCUGCGAAUGGUAUGCAAGGAAGUGCUGUAGGCGGUAUGGGUCCACCAAGUCAGCACGGCAUGCAGGAACCUAAUCCAGGAGAGAUCAAACCCAAGAUCAUCAAGCGCCUUGCUCAAAAUCAUGAAAUUCAAGCUUUGCGUGAUAAGGAAGGAAAUGAAGCAAAGGCUAAGCGUGUUUGUACGCAGAAGGUGAAAGAGCAUGGUCUACACAUGGAGAUUCUAGAUGCCGAAUUUCAGAUGGAUUGGAAGAAGCUUACGUUUUAUUACUUCGCUGAUGCCUAUAUUAACUUCAAUUCGCUCGUUACGGACUUGUUCAAAGUAUACAAGACGAGAAUUUGGAUGUCUGCGAUUAAUCCUGCUUCUUUCGCAAGUCCCGCACUUGGCUUGCAAGCACCAAGCGGUAUCGGACCUGGUGCUGUAGGUGUAAACAGAACUACACAAAGUGAGCGUCGACCACAACAGGCCGAGCAGCCACAAACAUACAACACAACGCAAGCAGGCCGAGGUUAUCAAGGUGUCUUUGCACAAUCAUUUCAGCCAGCUAUGGACAGAAGUUCUGCAGCUGCUCCUGGUUUUCAGCCUCAGGGAUAUACUUAUGGAUAUUCUCCAUUUGGUUCUACCAGAAAUGUCGGUGCUACGAGCGCUUAUGGUACUUCAAUGAUUGACCCAUAUUCUGGAUUCGCAAAUACAGCAGACUAUCAAGCACCCGGACGAUUCCCCUCUCCCCAUGGCACUACCCCAACUCAUGAUGGUAGCGAAUACGGUCGACAAACUGGACUCGUUGGUCAAUCUGAUGGUUGGAUCGGAGCUUUCCAGGGCUUGUCUAUGGGAACUCGUUAA